CACCAAGUAAACUAAAGUAUGUCUCUGUGUUACAGGUUUUAAUGUCUUUAUUUUAUGGAAAAGAGGAAACUUUGAAGCUUCUCAACUUAAAACAUAUAUUGUUGAAGAUGAUCUUAAUUCCACAGAGCUCAUAGACUUAAAAAGCUACAUGACUGACAUAAUGAAUUUGUCUUCUCCAGUCAGCCAUGUUGACCAUGAAGCUGAACGCUUAUGUAGUGCCAAAAGUGGGUCACAGUUCCUACAAAAUACCAGUGCAUCAGAGUUGGACAUUGCUGAAGAUCUGAAAAGGAAACUCUGUCAAGCCAAAGAAGAAAAAGUAGACAUAAUCAUUAAACACAAUCAAGAACUGCGUGACUAUGAAAUCCAGAUUGUCAAAUUACGGUCUGAAUUUGAGAAAGGAGAGGCAACUCGACAAAAUCUGGAGUAUGCACUGGCAAUUGCCAAAAAAGAUGCUCGUUUGAGAAUAUGUGCUGUAGAAGAAGAGUUAAGUGAUGCAAGAAACAAGCUUGCAGAGCUGCAAGUGUUCAACGAAAAGCUUCAGCAGAGACUCGUAGAGACUGAGAAAACAUUUCAUAUUGCUCAACAGAAGUGGAAAGAACAACAACAAAGACUUGCAAGUGAAAAGGAUGAUAUUCUCAGAACACACAAGGAUGAAUAUGAAUUGCUUCUUAAAGAAAGAAGUGAACUAGAAAGCGUUUUGCAGAAGCAGAAUAGCGCACUGCAAAACUUAAGUAAGAAGAUGAAAGAUAUGGAGCUGGAACAUCGUGACUGUUCAGAAAUGCUUACUCGUCAUGUACACAAGCUUGAACACAGUGCUGAACAAGAGGAGCUGCUUAAAAAAGAACUUGAAGCAGCAACAGACAAAAUAAAGCAAUUGGAAGAAAGCAUUGAAGCAGAAAGAGCAGCACAUUUGAAAUCCAAAUUCAAUUUGGAAAUCACCCAGAUGAGAAUUCGAGAACUUGAAGGAGCUUUGCAAAUGGAAAAAGUCAAUCAAGCAGAAGCUCUUUCAGACUUAGAGAUGAUCAGGAAGGAAUUCAAAGAGGUAGAAAAUGCAUAUGAGAGAGAAAAACAGAAAGCCCAAGAGAACUUGGAAAAAGUCAAUAGAUUAGAAAGAGAGUAUAUAUCCACAAACAAGCAAAUGAAUGAGAAGAUUGAGGAAAAGAAGGAGGUAAUUAAAGAUCUGUUGGAGAGACUACGGGAAAAUGAAAAAACUCACAGAGAAUUACAAGAUAAACUUGCAGUGGCCAAGAAACACCAGGUCUUUGUAACAGAGACAUACGAAAACAACAUGAUGGAGCUGAAGUUACUCUUGGACAGCUUUGCUAUGUCAGGCCAGCGGACAGCAGGCACUUGUAAGGAUAAAGAUAAACCUUCAAGCCUCUCUGUCCUUGAGACUUUGAGGUGUACCUUGACAGCUUACCAAAACAAGCUGGAAGACACAUCUAAUGAGCUUAAGAAAAUGAACACUUUGUGUGAAAACACAACGAAAGAGCUUGAGAUAUCCAACAAAAUGUAUGUUUUAAGUCAAGAUCUUAAGGAAGCACGGGAUAAGCUGGCUGAUGCCAAUAAAGAGUUAAAUCAUCUGCAUACUGAGUGUGCAGACAGAACAGCUUUAAUAGGAACUUUACAAAUGGAACUACAGAAUGUGCUGCAGUGCUGGGAGGAGGAGAAAGUACGUGCCGCAGAAUCUGAAAAUGAAAUCCAGAAGCUUACCAGGGCUUACCAGAAGGAUAUGGAGGAGAAGCUAACCUUCCUUCAUGGCUUGUACCAGCAUUUGGUAGCAGGCUGCGUGCUUAUAAAACAACCAGAAGGCAUCCUAGAUAGAUUCUCUUGGUUGGAGCUUUGUGCAGUCUUGCAGGAGAAUGUUGAUGCCCUGAUCUUAGACCUCAACAGGGCUAAUGAGAAGAUAUCUCAUCUAGAAUAUGUUUGUAAGAACAACUCUGAUACUAUGAAGGAGCUUCAGCAGAGCCAGGAAGAUGAUAUUAGCAAAAUGGCUGAGCAGAUGAAAGCACAGGAAAGCUGUUGGCAGAAACAAAAAAAGUGCCUGGAACAGCAGUACUCAGAUCUCCUUGGGGAAGUUCAUGCAAGGGCACAGGAAUACCAAGAAACAGCAGAAAAAAACAAAGAAAAAAUCUGUGUCCUUGAAAAAAGACGGGAGCAAUUGGCCCUUGAAAAUCUCUAUGUGAAAAAUACAUUAACACAGAUUCAGAAGGAGCAUUCAUCUCUCCUGGCAGCAUGUGCACUAUUGGCAGGUGCCCUGUAUCCUCUCUAUGGCCGAUCAUGUGCUAUGUCUAUCCAAAGAGACCUUCUUCAGGAUCAAGUCAAUGUUUAUGAACUAGUCAACCAGGAAAUUAGGACUCUAGUUCAUGUUCUCUCUGGUGUAGACGGGGAGAAGGAAGAUGAUGCAAAAGUUAAGAAACAAAAAUUCAAAGGCCUGAUACGUGUGUUCCGAAGAGGUGUGAUUGCAGUUUUGGCAGCUAACAGACUUAAAGUUCUAUCCCAGUCUUCUAGUUCUCUCUUCUCACUGAUCAAUGGCUUCAAAGAAGGCACUGGAAUUCUAGUGUGUGUAGGGGACUCCAAAGGCAAACAUAAUAUGUCAAGACACAACAAGGAAGGAAUUCGUUGUGUUGAAGCACUCAACUGGUUUACUAGUUCUGAUCUCCUUACUGCAGUAAUCAGUUCUGUCACAGAAUUACAGGAUGUUAUUAGCAGAACAGAUCCAAAGUCUUCUCUUUCUGGACGCUUACUUGUAAGUGCAGCCAGGAACUCCUUUUCAAAACUUCUGGACAAGCUUAAUGUAAUAAUGGAGACUGUUCCAUUAGAUAGCAGCAGGAGUGUUACUUACACGGAGAAAAACUCCUUAAUACAGAGGCUCGCUCAUGGACUUCAUAAAAUAAAUGCACGAGCUCUGGAAGCUGGAUCGUGUGACAGAUGGCCCGUUAUGAAAAGCAUAGCAUCCUUGCAGAAGCAAAUAUUUGCACUGACACAAAGACUUCAUACGGUAGAGGUGGAACGCCGCUCACUACGCCUAGAACUUGCAGAAUUCAAGUUGAAUUUCAGUAAGAUGAAACAGGAGGCUGACAAAGCCCAGAGCCUGAAAGAGCAAUUAAGUUUGUUUAAGCAAUCUAAAUUGAUCGCUCACAAGAGGUUUGAAAGUGCAUGUGAAGAAUUAAAUAAUGCAUUACAUUGGGAGCAUCAAGCACAAGUGCUGUUGAAUGAACAGGCACAACAGCUACAGGAGUUAAAUAAUAAACUAGAAUUGCACUCCAGUGAAGAAGCAGAUAAAAACCAAGUCUUAAGUGAAACUGUAAAGAGACUCUCCGAGGCAAAGAUGGAGCUGAGAAGAAAAGAUCAAUCUCUGCGUCAGCUCAAUAGACUUCUUACGCAGCUGGAGCAGGACAAGCGUCGACUGAAAGAGAGCAUCCAUGAUGCAGAGAGUGCCCUCUGCAUGGCAGCAAAGGACAGAGAAUUGUUCAUUAAUCAAAUGAAAUCUGUGGAAACCACUCUUCAUACGGUCAGAGAUCAGACCUUGCUGUCAUGGACUGCGGCAACCAGGAAUGACUUCACCCUGCAGCUACCCAAACUGCACCUAGAGACCUUUGCAGUAGAAGGGCUGAAGGGCAAGCCAGAGGUUGUAGCAUUUCAGGCCAUGAUUAAAAGUUUUAUGGAUAUCUACCAACUUGCAAGUUCCAGAAUUGACGUGUUAGUGAAAGAAACAGCACCUCAUCUUCACACUGCAGCCCCAAUGUCCAAGCACCAAACAGCUUGCCUUCAUGAAAGUGAGAUCUUACAAUUGAUCAAGAUGACCACUUGUAUACUAAGGAUUCAGAAGCCUGCCAAACUUGCUGCAGUGAGGUUUGCUUUCAUUCUGAUUGAGAGAGCUUUUAGAGAAGAUUACCCUGUUUGUGAAGGGCUUUGCAGUGGCUUGAUUUGUUACAGUGAAAACAAACAACCUGCACCCCCAGCUCUCCAAUGCCUGUGAUUAAAUGCAAUCUUC